AACCUAAUAUUUAGAAUAAAUUGGAUUCAAAAUUAGAAAUAACGAAUCUGGUUUAGUCGACAGUGCCAGUUCCUGUUUCCGUUUUUGGCGUUUAGAGAGAGUGAUUUAAUGAACGAAGAACAAUUUAAGAUUUGCAGAGAAAGUAAUUUUAAUUUUUAAAUUCUAAAUAGUUUCGAUCGAUAAAACUUGUCUGCUUCAUGAGAGACAGGAGGCAUGUUAAUAAAAACAGACUCUUUUGGAUUCUUCUCGUUUCAUUAUAAACCCAAAAAUAAAAAAAAAGAAUUGUUUUUCAAUCGAAAUUUGCAUUUUCCCUAUAAAAUUUGAAAGUUUUCUUCUUAUAUUUUAUCUCAUAUGGUCAAAACAUAAACUAUAUUCUAAUCACCAAGAGGGAUCAAACGCACGUAAAUUUGCAUUAUUGUCACCUAUUACUGCAAAAAGGAAAAAUCACCGUUUAACUUAAGUGUGGACACUGAUUCUUCUAUACACACAUGGUCAUCUUUGUCUCUUCUUAUAAGAAAAUCUGCAAAUCCAAUUAUAAUAUAUAACUCAUAGCAUAAUUAUAAUAAUAUUUAACCAAAAAUAAUAGUAAUUAUAAUAUAUAUAAGUCAUACCAUUUCUAAAAUGAAUUAUUAAAAAUCUUAGUUAAGGAAACUUCUUUUUGUGAACUUUGAUGGUUCUGAUUUUGAGAAGGAAGAUGAAAGGUGGGUCUGUGAAUGAAACUUGAAAUCUUCAUUAAUUACUCCAACCCAUCAGACCAUGGCACACCCGUGUCAAUGACACUGAAAAUUAGAUCUUCUUUGCUCUGAUUUUUAAAAGUAAAAGUCUUUGAUCCAAAUCAAGAAUAUCUCUGUAUAUGUGAAAGUUCAAUUAAACUACUACUAGAAGUACUAGUACUAGUACUAGACCUGCCUUUCUCUCUCUUUAUCCUUUCUUGUUUGACACUUGAUUUUAUAGUCCUAGGCUCAACUUUUCUUAUCUCUUUCAAUCCUAGGUCUCAAGCUGUUCUUGCUGUCCUUUUUUCUUUUACUGAGGGGACCCCUACUACAGAACCUCCCUUUAUAGUCAUUUGAGUUUGUCCCAAGGACCAAAGCUUGUCCAUGUCUUGAUCUGUUUUGGUUUCUUGAUGUAAAACCUAUCUCAAAAACACCUAGAGAUCUCAUCUUUUUAUUCUUUUUUUUUUGCUUGGAUUGAUUUAAAGAGAUUCUUGAUCUGUUUCUCUGUUGUAAAGGUAAUAAAAGGGAAACUUAUCUGCUGAACCAUAUCAAUGCAAGGCUGUAUUUGUUAGCGUGAAUGGAAACGUUUUAUGGUUCCAAGAAAGCAUCAAUGAGGAAGCAGCAACAGCAAUCUCUAACAGAUACUACAAGACCUCCUCUUGUCCCAGCGGAGAAGAACAAUGCAGUUGCUGCUUCCGCCACUCGCCGGUCUAGAACAAUGGAAGUCAGUUCAAGAUACAGAUCAUCAACUCCUACUAAAACAAGGAGAUGCCCUUCGCCUAACGCCACGAGGACUGUCUCUUCAAGCAGAGCUAUUUCAGCAGAGAGGAAACGCUCCUCAACGCCAACCACUCCCACUAACCCGUCCACACCGGUUAGUGAUGUACCGGUUGCGUCUAGGAGACUAUCUACUACUGGUCAAGGCUUAUGGCCUUCUACUAUGAGAAGCCUCAGCGUUUCAUUUCAGUCUGAUUCAGUCUCGGUUCCCGUUAGUAAGAAGGAGAAACCACUUGUUUCGAUUGAUCGGACACUGAGACCAUCUUCGAAUGUAACACAUAAACAAAAGAGUGUGACAACAACAACAACAACAACAACAAAGAAUGUAUCUGCAGGUCAAUCAGAGAAUUCAAAACCUGUAGAUGGUCCACCUCAUAGUAGGUUAAUAGAACAGCAUAGAUGGCCUAGUAGAAUCGGUGGAAAGAUCAUCUCAGAUUCUAUGAACAGAAGCUUGGAUCUUGGUGAUAAAGCGGUUAGGAGAAUGUCUAAUAAACCUUUGCAGAAGUCUUCUAGUGACACAGCAAGGUUGUUGUCCUCUUACGAAAGUAAUGGAUCUCCAACAAGCUCAGAAGAUUUAGAGUCUAGACACAGGCUUUUGUCUGCAAGUUUGUUAGAUAGAGCAACUUCAGCUAGAGUGCAUCCCUUGUCUGCUCCUGGUUCACGCACUGCUUCUCCUAGCAGAUCCUCGUUUUCAUCAUCAUCCUCUAACUCUAGAGGGAUGAGUCCCUUGAGAGGAUUGAGUCCUUCAAGAGGCUCUUGUUUGAGGUCGUCUACACCGCCGAGAGGUGUGAGUCCUUCCCGGAUAAGACAAAGCAAUACAUGCACACAAUCGAGUACCACCACCACAACAUCGGUUCUUAGUUUCAUCGCUGAUGUUAAGAAAGGAAAAAAGACAACUUACUUAGAAGAUGUUCAUCAGCUCCGCUUGCUUUAUAAUAGAUAUUCGCAGUGGCGGUUCGCAAAUGCUAGAGCUGAGGGUGUAAGAUACAUUCAGAGUUUAAUUGCUGAGGAAACUCUAUACAAUGUCUGGCAUGCAACAUCAGACCUGAGAGAUCUUGUGACAUCCCAAAGAAUUUGUCUCCAGCAGAUGAAGCUAGAAAUCAAGCUUGAAGAUAUCUUAACUAAGCAGAUGGUUUGCCUUGAAGAUUGGGCCAUACUUGAGAGAGAACAUGUCAGUUCUUUAGCUGGUGCCAUUGCAGACUUGGAAGCAAAUACUCUGCGCCUUCCAUUAACCGGAGGAACAAAGGUGGACCUCAGAUCUCUGAAGUUGGCUAUGUCAUCAGCUUUUGAUGUAAUGCAUGCUAUGGGAUCAUCCAUAUGGUCUUUACACUCUCAGAUGGAAGAGGUGACUAAGCUAGUUUCAGAUCUCUCCGUUAUAGCUACAAAGGAGAAUUUUAUGCUUGGCAGAUGUGAAGAUAUGUUGGCAUCAACAGCAAUCAUGGAGGUAGAAGAGAGUAGCCUCAUGACUCAUUUAAUGCAAAAGAAGCAAGAAGAAGAAGAGAUGAUGCUAAGUCUUCCUUGUUGUCAUUAAGCAAGUUUCCAUGCCCAACACUUAACAAUGACUUGUAAAUUGUUCCUUUUUGGCUGCCAUUUUCUUCUGCCACCAUCCUUUCUCCACAUUUUGUCUUUUACUUGUAGGAAGAGGAUGUGAAAUAAAUGGUUUAAAGAAAAUCAAUGCAGAAAAUGUAGUUUAAUAUCGUUCAUGUAAGCUCAGUAUUUCGUCUUUUUACGUAAUCCGUAUAUAUAUAAAUAUAAUUUUAGUUAGUUUAAUGAUCA